AUGCAGAGCGGACUGCUGAGGAAAUUGUUCCAUCGGAAAUUGUCUCUCGGUCUUGAGGCGUACCUCAGCGUCGAACCACCAGCGCCACCACCAUCCCACUCGGCGGAGCGGAAGCACGACUCCACCACCACCAGCACCACGAUAAUGCCCACCCCAAUCCGCACCCUCCUCCUCGACACCACCUCCCCGCACCCCCGCUACAUCCGUCUGCACUCCGCCUCCUACACACCGCGCGAAUUGCUCUCCGAAAUCCUGUCCAUGGCCAACCGCAUCGUGCGGAAGAUCUCGGAAUCACAAUUAUCCUCCUCGGACCGCCGCAUGUGGGGUGUGCGGGAGAUGGCGAGCAAGUGGGAUAGCAUCAAGGCGUAUCCGGAGAUGUUGGCGGAUGUGGAUGGGGAGUUGUUGAAGAUUUUGGUGUUGGAUGCGUAUGCGGAUUUGGAGAGGUUGGAGGGUGGGAGGCCUUAG